AUGGACCCAAAGCUGCACCACUACGGCGUCAACCUGGUGGACGAAGGAAUGGACAGCUUCAAGAGCAAGAUCAACAUUAAAGUCCAGCACGCCUCAGAGCAGGUCAUCGCUGCUGUUGAGCGACACGGCGGCAGCAUCACCACGGCUUACUUUGACAUGAAGAGCGUCAUGGCCCUGCACAAUCCAGCCAAGUUCUUCGAGAGCGGACAACCUAUUCCGAAAAGAGAACUUCCAACCGAAGAUGCAUUCGAGUACUACAGCAACCCGAAGAACCGAGGGUACCUUGCCGACCCUGCCGAAGUCGAAGUGGAGCGGAAGCUACUGGCGCAAAAAUACGGCUACGAGUUGCCCCAAGUGAAGGAGCCACCAUAG